ACCGAACCUCCGCCACUCUUCACCUCCCCUCCCUCCACCCCAAUCACCAGUCCAGCGAAACAAAGAUCUUCAACAAUGGCGCUUGUCGCCUACUCCGACUCAGAGGGCUCAGACUCCGAAGCUGAAACUCCCAUUUCCACAAAACCCACCGCAUCCACAGCCACAGCCACCACCACGACACCAGCACCCGCACCUCCGCCCUCGAAUUCAACAACAUCGUCAACAACAACAACCUUUCAAAUCGACCGCUCAAACCCCCGCAAAAUCCGCGUCGCUCUCCCCGAUCACAAACCCGACAAUGAGAAUAACAACGACGGGCCCGCGCGCAAAAAGCCCCGUAUUGGCGGGAGUGGGAGCGGCGGCGGCGGCGCAUUCUCCGGCUUCAAUGCGCUUCUCCCCGCCCCCAAGAAACCGGCCACAGCCCCGAAACCGACAGCCACGGGGUCGACUCGGAAGGUGUUUAGUCUGAAGACGGGCGCGACGCCGGGCUUUGAUCGGCAGGCGGAUGCGGAGAUGCGGAGUGAGAUGGCGUUCGGGCGGUUGGGGGGGAUGGAGGCGGGGGAUGAGACGAUUCCGAAGGCAGGGAGCUUGAGGGGGGAUAUAGGGGAUGAUGGGCUUGGGGGUGAUGGUGGUGGUGGUGAUGGAGGAGAAGGGAAGGACAAGGGGAAUGCGCCGCCGGAGGUCAAGUUGAAGGGGAAUCCGAUGAUGUUUAAGCCUCUGUCUGUUGGCAGGGGGACGCAGGGGAAAGGGAAGAGGAAGGGUGGUCCGAUUGCUGUUUAUGAUGGUGGUGGUCCUGCUAAGAAAAAUAAUCAAGAGGUAGUAGAAGGAGACGGUCGUGCGGCUGCAGCACCUGCGCCUGCACCUGCACCUGCACCAGCACCAGCCAAACCCAAGAUCAGUCUGUUUUCGCUCUCCUCGUCCACAGAGACGACAGCACCAGCACCGACACCAGCACCAGCACCAGCAGCACCCACCCCCUACGAACCCCUCGUCUACACCACGUCCCAAGACACUGAACCUGCCGGUCCCGAACCCGCCCCCGCCUCCGCCCCUGCCUCCGAAACCAUACCCGCCACUGCAUCAACCACCACCACCACCAGCACCAACUCCCUCAGCGCCAUCGCCGACGACCUCAACCUCACCCGCGCCCAGCGCCGCCAACUCUUCGGCCGCUCCGCUGCCGACCCGUCCUCCGCCGCGGCCGCCGCAUCCGCCCGGGUGCUGCACUUCAACACGGACCGGGAAUACGCCGCCAACCAGCAGAUGGCCCACGAGACCGACCUCGCCGCCGCCCAGCACAACCCCGUUCGCGCCAUCGCCCCGGGCAAGCACACCCUGCAGCAGUUGGUCAGCGCCGCCAGCACGCAGCGCGACGCCCUCGAGGAGAGUUUCGCCACAGGCAGGCGGAACAAGAAGGAGGCGGGGUCGAAUUGGACUCCCUUCGGCCGUACUGAUGGGAGGUGGAUUGACUCUCGAUAUAUGAGUUUUCGUCCCAGAUCCCGGAAUCUUCGUGUCAGCCCUUACUAG